AUGCGCAGAAGCAGAAACAGCAGGGGCAGCAGAAGCAGCAGAAACAGCAAAAACAGAAAUAAUAGAAACAGAUGCAGCAGAAGAAGAAGGAGCAAAAACAGAUGCAAAGUAGAAGCAAUAGCAGAAGCAGCAGAAACAGCAGAAGCAGAUGCAGCAGAAACAGAUGCAGCAGAAGCAGAAGCAGAUGCAGCAGAAGUAGAAGCAAUAGCAGAAGCAGCAGAAACAGCAGAAGCAGAUGCAGCAGAAGCAGAUGUAGCAGAAGUAGAAGCAAUAGCAGAAGAAGCAGAAACAGCAGAAGCAGCAGAUGCAGAAACUGCAGAAGCAGAAACAAAUGCAGCAGAAGCAGAUGCAGCAGAAGUAGAAGCAGAAGCAGGACCAGCAGCAGCAGAACCAGCAGAAGUAGAAGCAGCAGAAACAGAAACAGCAGCAGAAGAUGCAGAGGACGCAGAGCAGAGUGACAGAAGCAGACCACAGGAGCAGCAGCAACCACAUCAGAGCGUCUUGCAGCAGCGCGUCCUGUUGGUCAGGACGGAGGUGAGAGGAGAGGAAAAGUCACGCCCCAAAGAGGCUGCUGCUGCUGCUGCUGCUGCUGCUGAUGCUGCUGCUUCUACUGCUGUUUCUACUGCUUAG